GCGGGGGUUGCGGCCCGGUCUUCCAACUGGCCGCGGCCAACAGCCACCGCCGCCGCCUCCAUCGGCCGCCGCGUAUAAAUAGGGGCGGCGGGCGACCUCCUCGACGGUGCGCGGCGCAGGGAGGUGCAGCGUUCUGCGGCGGCAGGUGCAGAGCCUGGCUGCUCGGCGGACCGCUUGCUUUCCUGCGCGGCUGCCUGAGGCGUAGCCCAAGUAUUUGUGGCGGCUUGGCGGAAUUUCACCUUCCCUCCUCUCUAACUUAGUUUUCUUUGUUGGGCCUUUUUCUCCUCCAAAAAGUUACAGACGUCAGGACGAUGCGCCGCACCGGUGAGAGAACCCGGGUGGAGCAGUGGGAGCCCUGCCCCGCUGCCCCCCGCGGCGGCGGCCGGGCCGUGCUGGGCGUGUUGGCGGAGAACGGGCAGCAGCGGCCCCCCAACCAGAGUGCUGCCGUUACCAGACGCUUCUCUGGCUCUGAAAACACUCUCCCUUCAUCUGGAAAAGAUGAAUUACCCAACUGCAUGGUCAAUGCUGCGUCAAAGCAAGGAUUUGUUAUCUAUGUUGAUGAAUUGGAAGAGAAAGAAAACUACAACUGCCAGGUGGCUGAAGAGCUGGAAUCAAGCCUGUGUGAACUGGAUACCAGUGCAAUGACCUCUAAUAUUCACCUACUGCUGGAUCUGAGUACAGGAUCUCCUAUGACAGUGGACACAUCCUUUCAGUCCCAGCCUGAGGAUCACAUGGAAGAUAGCAUAACUCUGACAGUGGAAGAGUAUGCAGAAGACAUUCAUCAGUACCUCCGACAGGCUGAAGUAAAAUUCAGACCCAGGCCCUACUACAUGAAGAAGCAACCAGAUAUCACAACAGGAAUGCGUGCCAUCUUGGUAGACUGGCUGGUGGAUGUAGGGGAAGAGUAUAAACUUCGGACAGAGACUUUGUACUUGGCUGUGAACUUCCUGGACAGGUUUCUUUCCUGCAUGUCUGUUCUCAGAGGGAAGCUGCAGCUUGUAGGAACAGCAGCAAUUCUUCUGGCUGCGAAAUAUGAAGAGAUCUACCCACCAGAAGUGAAUGAAUUUGUGUAUAUAACAGAUGAUACAUACACAAAGAGGCAACUGUUAAAAAUGGAACACCUGCUUCUGAAAGUAUUGGCUUUUGAUCUAACAGUUCCAACCAUCAAUCAAUUCCUCCUUCAGUAUUUUCAGAGACAUGAAGUCUGUAUCAGAACAGAAAACUUUGCAAGGUAUCUUGCAGAGCUGAGUCUCCUUGAAGCUGAUCCUUUUCUGAAGUACCUUCCUUCACAAACUGCUGCAGCAGCCUACUGUCUAGCAAACUAUACGGUGAACAGGUCUUUCUGGCCAGAAACACUUGCUGCAUUCACCGGGUAUUCAUUGAGUGAGAUAGUGCCUUGCUUGACUGAUCUGCAUAAGGCAUGUCUUGAUGUUCCUCAUUGCCAACUGCAAGCCAUUAAGGAGAAGUAUAAGCGCCCCAAGUAUCUGCAGGUGUCUCUUCUGGAACCCCCAGCAGUUCUUCCUCUACAGUAGUGACUAUUAGUCCUGGGCUUAUGAUCACUUUGUCCUAAUCAGCAAAGCUGGACUACAGUUUCAUAGAGUACUGCAGGUCAUGUGUCUGCAACCAUAGCCAUCAGAAUGGUUUUUAGCUAUUUUUUAAUUAGAUGCCUUUUUUAAAAAGGAUAUUGAACUACAGCUCUUAAUAAAACUGACAGCACUUUUAAUAAAUGUCUUAUUACACUCUUC